AUGACCGCCCUCAUAUCGAAACUCCUCUGCACGCGAACCCCAGCCUGCGAACUGACGAACCGAGAAUGCCGUCGAGGCCACGCAUCAGCAGCCGAGACCCACCGCCACCGUGAUGUCCCGUCGGGCUUCAUACCGUACACUCGCCGUUUAGUUUGCCCCCAACCGAUUGUACCAAUUCGGGUCAAUUCCAGCCGAUUGUCGCUCCCGCCAUCAAACCCCUGUCCGCAUUCGAGCGAUGAGCAACCUUCACCGCAGUCGUCAAAUAGUAUACCGUUUUCGUCGUCACUCUCAAAUAGAGUCGUAGAGCCCUGGCCCCGACAUCCUGCCGAUGCCCCUUCUUCGCACAUCACUGAGACCCCGCAGACCCUUCUCGCUGGUGUUGAGUCACAACUGGCGACGAGAUCGCACGGGAACCGUCGCCAUCAUCUCCACGCAGCAACAUCCUCCGACCACCGCGAGCAGCCGAGCGCAAGAGGCUGCCGCUGCUCAGCAUCGUCGCCCGUUACCGAAGACGACACCACGCUCGCACCAUCACGAUCUGAAGAGGAGCCUCAGUCCGCCACCCCCGCGAGCCACGAACGAGUCACGCGAAGUUACCGAGCCGAGACGCGCAACUCGUCGAGCCCGAGCACCGCGCGGCUGCACCCAUCCAGCCCUUCUCUCGACUCAUUUUCGCGUAGUAAUCCCGAGGACGGUACAUGA